GACAGAGAGAGAGAGAUGGUGGAAUCCAACCCAAGAUGGGAAGAUCUAAACACAGAUUGCUUAGUAAUGGUGUUUCAGAAAAUUGGGUUGGAAUCACUGAUCUUGGGUGUUCCCUUUGUAUGCAACUCAUGGUACAAUGCUUCUCUUAAUCCUCAAUGUUGGAGAUAUCUCUGUUUCCCAACUCCCUUUGAUCUCUUCAUGGCCAGAUUCAUGAAUGAAUAUCGUAUAGACAAGCAUAAAUUAUCUGUUUUUGGUUUCGUUAAGCUCUUUGUCCAUCGAAGCCAAGGAUCUAUUGCCUGGAUUGAAAUUCCAUACUGGUGCUCUGAGUUACAGUCAUUGGAGUCUCUCUCAGAUGAGUUACAUCGGCAACAAAAAGAUCAAGACCUGAGUUCCGCUGAAUUAAAAUAUGGGCUAUGAAGAGUUCAUCUUUUUCUGUGAUUGAUGAGAGCUUAUUGAAGAUGAAUUUAGAGCUUCAAAUAAAUAUUGGAUCAAUGUAAUUUAGUUGAAU